GAAUCGCGAACUUCGCGCCAACGUCGAGCUGGACGCGCACAGCCUGGAGUUGGAAUCUGAAGUCCAGGCAUUGCGAGCCGAAGUGCAGCGUCUACAAGAGGAAACUGGUUCUUCCAAAGAACCACAGCAGCCGGAGACGAUCGAGGUGCUCUUUGCGCUGCCAGGGCCACUAGGAUUGGAGUUCCAGGCCCAACAGGCACCGUACAUCAUCGCCAAGAUCCAUGACUCGGGCGUGGCCAUCAACCUGGGCAUCAACGAAGGAGAUGAGCUGAUUUCCGUGGCCGACGAGCCUGUGGACCAUGCCAACUGGGAGGAUUUGGUACGCAAGCUCUCGAAGAGGCCUGUAGUGGGGAAGUUCCGACGCCCGGCCGUCAGCGACAGCGCCGGCGCCACGACGAAGCUUUGGUCCUCGGUGAACUCCAUGGGUGCGCAGCUGCUGACGGCAGCGCGAGGAAACUGA